CGCGACUAUCUUGAUAAUAUUCCGUAUUCUCCCUCAAGAUCCUCGGAAUCUACAUCACCCUAAGAAAAGAUCAUAUAUCUCACACUUUACAUUUCCCUGACGUAGUUACGUAUUCUUGAACUAGAAUUUCUCUAUAUUGCUUCCUCACAGCCAGCCAUGACCAUACGCUCGGAUACUAUCGAGGAUGGCCUCUUAGACCCUAGCCACCGGCUCGAUCCGUCCCAACAAGCGCACACUCUAAUCCACCGGAUCUACAACUCUAUCAAGCCUCGCCGUGUGCCUCAGCCCAAAUCCUACCCUCCUCUCUCAAGCAUCCCACGAACAUCUCCCGAACGUCUUGCCCUCGCCUCUCCCGACUCUCCCGACGAUGCCUCAUCCGCGCCGACCGUCCUAUACCUCGCCUACGGCUCCAACCUCUCCGCCGAGACCUUCCUCGGCAUGCGCCACAUCCGACCGCUAAGCAUGAUCAACGUAUCGGUGCCUACUUUCGAUCUGGCUUUCGACCUGCCGGCGCUGGCGUACUGGGAGCCAUGCUUUGCGAACGUGUCGCCGCGCAAGAUCCCUAUGCCGCCUAUCCCGGGUGAUCCGCCGAGACCUCCAUUUCCUCCCCCAUCCAACGCAAUAUCCAACCGGCAAGACGAACUAGUAGAAGAAGAGGAAAGGCUUCCGGGAACACUACUCCCCUCGCUCCCUCCGGACCACAGCCCGUCUUGGUCUAAGGGGCUCUACGGCGUGGUCUACGAGGUCACGCGCGAGGACUACACCCGGAUCAUACAUACGGAGGGCACUGCCUACGAAGAAAUCCUAACACCGUGUCUGGCGCUGCCACCGCCCUUCCACGUCCCCGAGAAGCCCCCUAUUCCCGAGUUACCGAGACCGUUCUUAGCGCGCACCCUAUAUGCGCCACAACUGCCCUCCUUCGACCCUCCCGACGGCGACGACGGCGGCGACGGCGGCGACGAUAAGAAGCGCUGGUGGCAAAAGCUAUUAUUACCCGUUCAACGAACACCGGGCUAUGCGCAGCCGAGCCCGCGGUAUUUACGUAUGAUCCGUGACGGCGCCCGCGAGCAUUAUCUACCGGAUGACUAUCAGACGUACCUUGCGCGUCUGGAGGCGUAUACCAUCACGACGUGGCGGCAAGAUAUUGGACGUUGGUUAUUCCUAUUUACAGUGGUACCAUCAUUCGCGCUGUUGGCGCUACUUGGUUACCUGCUGGCUGAUAAAGACAGCGGGAUACCAAAGUGGUUGGAGGCAGCAACAACUAUCCAGCGCAAUCUGAUGUGGAAAGUCUACGAUUAUGUAUUCAAACCUCUGUUUGGGGACGGGGAGCGGACGAUACAAGAGGAAGAUGACUCGGGUAGCACGAGCAGAAUACGUACACAAGCGUGGGGGAGCGAGAAAAAUGCUUUGCUGGGGGAUUGGUAGCAUAAGCGGUGUUGCACUACGAGGAUGGCAAUCAAUUUAUGUGACGAAUCCAAUAAUGUUGUGGGGAUAUCAUAUCAUGCUGA